AUGCCAAAUGACCGUCAACGGUAUCCCGACCUGCUUAUUUCAGUUAGGCUCUCCCUGGCGCUCGCGAAGGAUUUAAAGGACGAGGAAAAGAGGGUCAGUAUUGUAGACUAUCGCGGAGCAGUCGUUUACGAUCACUACGUCGUCCCAACCCUUCCUGUCACGGACUAUCGCACAGGGGCAACCGGAAUCACGGAAUCUCUUCUCCAACCUCCACAAGCCCGUUCCUUCCAAAUCGUCCAGCAGCAGGUCGCCAAUCUCAUUAAGGGAAAGAUCUUGGUCGGACAUAGCCUCUGGAAUGACCUAUCAGUUCUUGGCAUACCUCAUCCAGCCGUCGCCACCAGGGACGUUGCAUUGUACCAGGAAUGCCCUGAGAUCGCCUCAUCAAGUGGUCGGCCUUCAAACUUUGGCGUGGCAACUUAUGUGUCGGCGCUGCCAAGAAGGGCAACUGAAUCCCAUCGAGAACGCCAGAGUUGCCCUUGA